UUUUACACUUUUUCACACGAGACUAAUAGAGUGAAGGGGUGCUUAUUUAUUUAAUUUUAAAAAAACCUUAGAAAAUUUAUUCCUUCCUUUUGAAAGUUUCUUUGAAGUAGUUCAUGAAAAAAUGUCUAAAUUUUUUGGGAUUUUUGCAUGCUUAGUGAUUGUGGCUUUAGAUGCUGUAGCUGGUCUUCUUGGAAUUAAAGCAGAAGGAGCUCAAAAUCAGGAAAAACACUUGAAACUAUGGUUAUUUGAGUGUAAAGAGCCAAGCCAUGAUGCAUUUGUUCUUGGGUUAGCUGCUGCUGGACUUCUAUUAGCUGCUCAUAUUCUUGCUAAUCUUAUUGGAGGCUGCAACUAUUGUUACUGUACUGGUGAUGACAUACAAAAAGCACCACCAAGUAGACAAUUAUCACUUGCUUGUCUUCUUUUCACAUGGAUCAUAAUGGCAGGUGGAAUGGGAAUGCUGGUGAUUGGCACAAUGUCAAACAACAAAUCAAGAGCUUCCUGUGGUUUAUUGCAUCGUCAUUUCUUCUCAAUUGGUGGAAUUUUGUGUUUUGUACAUGCCAUCUUUUCUGUCGCAUUCUAUGCCACAUCUACUGUGUCACUGGCAUAAUGUCACAUUUUCAUAAUUAGUGUACGCUUCAGAAUCGACGUCCUCGUUGUUCGAUAGCGAAUCAGGCCCAAGUCCUCUACAAGGGGGCGUCAAAUAGGGUAUUUCUAUUUUCUUUGCUUGAUCGUAGUUGUAAGAAUUAAUUUUUGAAAUGACAGAUUUUACAUGGAUAAUUUAGUGUUUGAUGGUUUCAACUAAUGGUAAUUGCAUGAUUAUUAAGUA